AUGCCUCAAGCGGAAUGGAACGGUGUCGUACUCGCCCAAUCAGACAAGUACGAAACAGUUGAAAACAACAUUUACUUUCCUCCUGACUCUAUUCGUAAAGAAUACUUUAAACCCAGCGCAACGCACAGUACUUGUCCUUGGAAAGGCGUCGCCAGUUACUACACUCUAGUGGUCAAUGGUAAAGAAAAUAAGGACGCUGCAUGGUUUUAUCCGGACCCGAAACCUGCUGCCAAAAAUAUCGCAGGAUAUAUUGCCUUUUGGAAGGGUGUUCAAGUGACGCCUUAG